GACCAGAAGCAAGUGACAAGUGCAAGUACAAGGUGACUUUUAACUAAUUUACUGCAAUCACAUUGGAAUUACCAAAAUGAAUGGCUGGACGAUUUUUGCAAUAGCCUGUGUGUGUUUCAUCGGGGGAUCCUUGGGGCAGACGAGCAGCGAACUUGAAGAAUCUUUUGGGAAUACGAACCUCGAUGAUGGGAUUGAUGUUCACACCAGGAGCAAACGAACACUUUUGCUGAAGAAGAAGAUUAUCGGGGCAGGACUCCUGGGACUGGGGCUCGGUGUGGCCAAAGGGUACAAACUGGGAUAUCACCACUCCCCGGAAGUUCACCACGUCUAUCUAGCACCACCUCCACCACCAGUGAGGUACGUGGAGUACGUCGACAAGCCAGUGUACAUCGAGAGGAUUGUGGAAAAACCUGUCUUCAAAUCCCAUGCUGAUUAUGAUCAUCAGGCGUGGUCAUCACCUGAACCAUCGUCUACUUACGGGGCCUGGUGAACCAAUUGUUAAUCGCCUCAUCUUGUCUUUGUUAUUUCUGUUGAGUCGAGCUGUUAAUUUUCAUUGAAUAAAAAA